GAAUACUAUAAUAAGUUCCAAAUAUUUAAAGAAGAACAAAGAAACUCUUUAAUAAAUGUGGUAGCUCAUUAUUUUGAAGAUAAGGGCAUUACCAUGUCUUUAGCAGCCAGCUUUGCGAUAGAGAGGGACAUUAUCGAAAAAUUCCCGACUGAGAAACUUGAUUAUUACAGAACAACCAAACGUGGUAAAAUAUAUAACAAAUGGCGUAAUUUAAACUCACAUUUUAAAUGUACGAUGACUGAAAUAAAACCAAAACCAAUUAAAGGACAUAAAGUACAACGCUAUCAGGAAGAAAUUGGUGAACCAGAGCAGGAUGCUGAAACCUGCAUAAGCACUUUAAAAUAUAGUCAUUUAUCUUCUGACGAAUUUGACAGUGUGUGGAAAGCCUGCAGCAAUUUCAGGUUGCAGCAAAUUAUAACCCUGGAAACAACAACUGCUGUACUGGACGCAUGGCCUUUCUACCGACAACCUUCUGGAUUUCGUUUGGUAUAA